UUGAAAACCCUACUCAAAGUUCUUUGCUCCCUCUGCAUCUAACAAAACAAACUAAUACAUACUUUUGCUUUAUUUAUUAAUCAUUCUCACUAUCCGGGAAUCUCGUGUUUCUCUUCUUGUUAUACUGUGUGAUAUAGUUGUCAAAAUUUUAAAGUGUUUGUGAUUUCCUUGGACCUACAUCUGUUUUAGUGAUUUUACAAUAGUCUUCGCGAGGCCGGAUUUCUCUUACUAUCGUUCCCUCAUCUCAUAAUAUCUAUUAUCUUCCAAUAUUUUUAAACUAAAGCUAUUUUUGCUGGACACCGAGCUUAUCUCUAAAAUAUAGAGAAUAUGUAUAGCCAAUACAGAAGAGGAGACAAACCAACAGGAGCUUAUAUGGAAAAUCGCAGACCGUAUCCUUCGUUUGACAGCGAACAAUAUAUACAUGAAACUAUUAUGUAUCUUAUUUCUAUUCUACAAGAUGUCCGUUCAAUGGAGCUUUCCAAGCUUGCCACGGAACUAUGCAAAAGAGGUAACACUAAACCUCUGAAGAAAGUCGCUUCCGGUGAUUCCGUGGAAGAGAGAGUGCUAGCAUUCAUAUGGCAACACCCUUCCCUAUUUUCCGUGAAAGAUCGGGAUAUAAGCCUUCGACCCAUGUCAGAAGAUAUUGAUGAAAAGAUAGAAUCAACAUUAGAUUCCAGGCUAACAGAAUUCCUUAUUUUCCGGUGCAACCAGUAUGGACCUUGUCAAAUUCCCAUUUCCAAGCUAAUGGGAAAUCUGCAGCAAGCUGCUUAUGACAUUAAGUCAUAUUUCCAUAAUGAUUAUGGGCGCUUUUAUAACUUUUUGCGUAAAAAAAGUUCAGUUUUUACUCUACUCGAUAACGAAACAGUGGCUUUGAAACAUGUAUUUGACCAAGCUCAAGCUCAAAGGCGACCGCUGUUAAAGUGCGACGAAUACUACCUUGAUAAUAGGGUACUAGAACGAACUAAUCUCGUAAGAAACUAUCAUGAUAGUCACCCCAUUAUUGACUACAUAUUGAACACCAAAGAUGUUGUAGCUGUAGAUUGUGAAGGGGUAAAUUUAGGUGCGCCUAAUGGAUAUAUCACUCUGAUACAAUUGGCGUUCGUUGAGGACUUGCCUCCUAAUUUCACCGAUCAGGAUGUUGCCAAUUCUAUUAGAAUAUAUCUUUUUGACGUCCAACAUGACGAACGUUUGGCAGCGUUGUCAUUAAGAAAAAUUCUGGCUGCCAAGCACAUAACCAAAAUCUUUCAAGGAUGUUCGAGCGAUGCAGGAGCGCUUUACAACCAUUAUAAAAUUGUCCUCCAUUCAGUAUUUGAUACAGUGAUUGCUCAUCGACAGCUUCAUGAAGGAACAAAGUCAGACUUGUAUUAUCUAUACGAAUUUUAUGUGGGAGAAGUAACCAACCGAAUGAAAAAGGACAUAAAGAAAAAGUACAUCAGUAAUCCUGAGUUGUGGACAACUAGACCUCUCACUGAAUUAUUGACAUACUAUGCUGCAUUUGACGUGUACGCACUUAUUAGAAUCUACUUUAAACUCAAAAGCUUAAUUGACGAGAAAACAUACGAGAGCAUAUACAAUAGUAGUAAUGGAUCAUCCUUUGGCGCUAUAAGAAGAUAUCUACCCUUUGCCGCAACAAUGUUGUAUGCUCGUGGUUGCAGUGAUGAAGAAGUUGCCGCUGAAACUGGUAUUAGUAUACCAUGCGAGGAGGAUUAUAAGUAUUAUUAUGAAUAUCCGGAGACAUCUGAAUCCAGUGAGAAAAAGGACGAUAAAAAGAAUCCAUACAAUAUAGCUUGGCCAGCUCCUGCUAUAAAGAAUCCUCACGGAGAUGGAAGUCAUAGAUCAUUCGUGGAACCCAAUCUUAAUGGAUUUGGACAUGUCCAAAACAAACAUCAUCAUCGCAAUCCAAAUCGCACCAAUUACCAACAUAACUACUACAAAAAUGAUCGGUCACAGCGGCCAACAUCUACUCGUCAACAACCUAGAAAUGACAGUCAACAAAGAUCUAAUAGAUUCCAAAAUCAGUACCAACCACGUCCAAGACAGUAUCAAAACCAGCAAAAAUGGUACUAUCAUAAUCAAAGUGCUGAAGAUGGUGGAGCCUCAAAAAUUUCGCAUAAUCAAUAUUAGAGGUUAUUUUUCUUAACCUACUUAUAGUUAUCGUAUUGACUUGAAAAAAGUGAUAUAACAUCAAGAUUACACAAUUGUGACCUUGUUUCGUCUAUUGUGUUGUAUUGAUGUAAAUUGAAAAGAAUCAUUUUUUGAUUGACAUAGCUUGGAUUUGAUAGUAACGAUGUCAACAGUGAUUAUAAUAAUAGUAAUUCUGAGUUUACAAUCAGUUUGUUUACAUGAAUCACUCGCUUCACUUGAAAACACAUAAAAGCACCCAUCUAAUUCAAUGCUGUUAACAAGAUAAACAAUGACGAAGUGUUUAAUGUAAAAAAUGAUAAAUGAUGUUUAUAAUCAAGAGAAUGUUUAUUAACAUAUCUUUCUUCAAUAAUUUAAUAAAAUACUGAUUAUGAUAAGUCAA